AUGCCGCUCCCGGACGGGGCGCGCAGCCCGGGGGGUGUUUACAGGGGGGCGCGCGGCGGGGGCCACACCAACCGGACCUUCGUGUUCGACGACGGCCGAUGCGCCGCCAGGCAGCCCGGCGCCGGAGACGGCGGCCGCGGGGACGGCGCGCUCCUGGACACCGCCAGCCUCAAGAUGAGCGACCUGAACUCGGAGCUGGUGCCCUUGCCACCGCGGUACCGCUUCCGGGACCUGCUGCCUGGCGACCAGUCCUUCCAGAACGACGACAGGGUCCAGGUGGAAUUCUAUGUCAACGAGAACACCUUCAAGGAGAGGCUUAAGCUGUCCUUCAUCAAAAACCAAAGAUCCAGCCUGAGGAUCCGGCUGUUCAACUUCUCCCUGAAGCUGCUGACCUGCCUGCUCUACAUUGUCCGCGUCCUGCUGGACGACCCGGCCCUGGGGAUCGGAUGCUGGGGCUGCCCAAAGCAGAAUUACACCUUCAACGAGUCGUCCUCCGAGAUCAAUUGGGCCCCCAUCCUGUGGGUGGAGAGGAAGACAGCUCUGUGGGCCACUCAGGUCACCGUGGCCGCCGUCAGCUUCCUGGAGACCACGCUCCUCACUUACCUCAGCUACAAAGGCAACAUCUGGGAGCAGAUCUUCCGCGUGGCCUUUAUUCUGGAGAUGAUCAACACGCUGCCCUUCAUCAUCACGAUAUUCUGGCCGCCGCUGCGGAACCUGUUCAUCCCGGUGUUUCUGAACUGCUGGCUCGCCAAGCACGCCCUGGAGAACAUGAUUAACGAUUUCCACCGAGCCAUCCUGCGCACCCAGUCGGCCAUGUUCAACCAGGUCCUCAUUCUCUUCUGCACCCUGCUGUGCCUGGUCUUCACGGGGACCUGCGGCAUCCAGCACCUGGAGCGCGCGGGUGGCAACCUGUCCCUGCUGACGUCCUUCUACUUCUGCGUCGUCACCUUCUCCACCGUGGGGUACGGAGACGUGACGCCCAAGAUCUGGCCGUCCCAGCUGCUGGUGGCCAUCAUGAUCUGCGUGGCCCUCAUGGUGCUCCCACUGCAGUUUGAGGAGCUCGUCUACCUGUGGAUGGAGCGGCAGAAGUCGGGGGGCAACUACAGCCGCCACCGGGCCCAGACGGAGAAGCACGUGAUCCUGUGUGUCAGUUCCCUCAAGAUCGACCUGCUCAUGGACUUUCUGAACGAGUUCUAUGCCCACCCCCGGCUGCAGGACUACUAUGUUGUCAUCCUGUGCCCCACCGAGAUGGACAUCCAGGUUCGCAGGGUCCUGGAGAUCCCCCUGUGGUCCCAGCGGGUCAUCUACCUCCAGGGCUCCGCACUCAAGGACCAGGACCUCAUGCGGGCCAAGAUGGACAACGGGGAGGCCUGCUUUAUCCUCAGCAGCCGGAACGAGGUGGACCGCACCGCAGCGGACCACCAGACCAUUCUGCGCGCCUGGGCUGUGAAGGACUUUGCCCCCAACUGCCCUCUCUACGUCCAGAUCCUCAAGCCUGAGAACAAAUUUCACGUCAAGUUUGCAGAGCACGUGGUAUGUGAGGAGGAAUGCAAGUACGCCAUGCUGGCCCUGAGCUGCAUCUGCUCGGCCACGCCCACCCUCAUCACGCUGCUGGUGCACACGUCCCGCGGCCAGGAAGGCCAGGACUCACCGGAGCAGUGGCAGCGCAUGUACGGACGCUGCUCGGGCAACGAGGUCUACCACAUCCGCAUGGGGGACAGCAAGUUCUUUCGCGAGUACCAGGGCAAGAGCUUCACCUAUGCUGCCUUCCACGCGCACAAAAAGUACGGCGUGAGCCUCAUCGGCCUGAGGCGGGAGCAGAGCGGGAGCAUCCUGCUGAGCCCGGGGCCCCGGCGCGCCCUGGCCGCCUCCGACACCUGUUUCUACGUGAGCAUCACCAAGGAGGAGGACUCGGCCUUCAUCUUCAAGCAGGAGGAAAAGCGGGAAAAGAAAGGCUUCGCGGGGCAGGGGCUGCGCGAGGGCUCGUCCCGCCUGCCCGUGCACAGCAUCAUCGCCUCCAUGGGGACAGUGGCCCUGGACCUCCAGAACACAGAGUGCCAGCCAGCACAGAGCGGCAGAGGCAGCGAGGGCAGCAAGCUGGCGCUCCCCACGGAGAACGGCUCGGGCAGCCGGCGGCCCAGCAUCGCGCCCGUGCUGGAGGUGGCCGACAGCUCGACCCUGCUGCCCUGCGACCUGCUGAGUGACCAGUCGGAGGACGAGAUGACGCCGUCGGACGAGGAGGGGCUGUCUGUGGUGGAGUACGUGAAGGGCUACCCCCCCAACUCGCCCUACAUUGGCAGCUCCCCUACCCUGUGCCACCUCCUGCCCGGGAAAGCCCCCUUCUGCUGCCUGCGGCUGGACAAGGGCUGCAAGCACAACAGCUACGAAGACGCCAAGGCCUACGGGUUCAAGAACAGGCUGAUCAUCGUGUCGGCGGAGACAGCAGGCAACGGGCUGUACAAUUUCGUCGUGCCACUCCGGGCCUACUACCGGCCCCGCAGAGAGCUCAACCCCAUCGUGCUGCUGCUGGACAACAAGCCUGACCACCACUUCCUGGAGGCCAUCUGCUGCUUCCCCAUGGUCUACUACAUGGAGGGCUCCGUGGACAACCUGGACAGCCUGCUGCAGUGCGGCAUCAUCUACGCCGACAACCUGGUGGUGGUGGACAAGGAGAGCACCAUGAGCGCCAAGGAGGACUACAUGGCCGACGCAAAGACCAUCGUCAACGUGCAGACCAUGUUCCGGCUCUCUCCCAGCCUCAGCAUCACCACGGAGCUCACCCACCCAUCCAACAUGUGGUUCAUGCAGUUUCGUGCCAAGGACAGCUACUCUCUGGCUCUUUCCAAGCUGGAAAAGAGGGAGCGGGAGAACGGCUCCAACCUGGCCUUCAUGUUCCGCCUGCCCUUCGCCGCCGGCCGCGUCUUCAGCAUCAGUAUGCUGGACACGCUUCUCUAUCAGUCCUUCGUGAAGGACUACAUGAUCCCCAUCACCAGGCUUCUCCUGGGGUUGGACACCACGCCGGGCUCGGGCUACCUCUGUGCCAUGAAGGUCACAGAGGACGACCUGUGGGUCCGCACCUGCGGCCGCCUCUUCCAGAAGCUGUGCUCCUCCAGCGCCGAGAUCCCCACCGGCAUCUACAGGACCGAGUGCCACAUUUUCCUUUGCAGCCAGCCUCACAACCUCAGAGCCCCGUCCCAGGUCUCAGUGAGCGUGGAGCACCACGAGGAAACCCGGGAGGCGCAGGGGCCCUGGGGCUCACGGGCAGGCACGGGUGGCGGCGGGCACACGGUGGGCGGCGGCUCGGCGGAGCGCCCGCUUCUGCGGCGCAAGAGCCUGCCGUGGGCACGGAGGCUGAGCCGCAAGGGCGCCCGGCACACGGGGAAGGCGGCGGCCGAGGAGAUCAGCCAGCAGCGGCUCCGCCUGCACCAGCGGUCCGAGCGGCAGGAGCUCUCCGAGCUGGUCAAGAACCGCAUGAAGCACCUGGGGCUGCCCACCACUGGCUACGACGAGAUGAACGACCACCAGAACACCCUCUCCUAUGUGCUCAUCAACCCUCCACCGGACACACGGCUGGAGCCCAACGACAUUGUGUAUCUCAUCCGCUCCGACCCCCUGGCCCACGUGGCCAGCACCUCCCAGAGCCGGAAGAGCAGCUGCAGCAACAAGCUGGCUUCCUGCAACCCCGAGACGCGGGACGAGACGCAGUUCUGA